AUGCUGCUCUCGCUCUACAAGCUUCACAGCUUUACCUUCGCUCUUAAUCUCUUGUCCUCCUCGGCAUCUCUCUCGCUUCCUCGAUCACUACUAUCAAUCACCCGGUUCAUUGCAUCAGUCAAGAUGAAGCUCCUCGCUACCAUCACCUUCUUCAGCGCUUUGGCUGCAGCUGCGCCAGUCCUCGACGCACGCGCUACUACCACCGCGAAGACCUCCAGUGCUCUCAAGACCAGCAGCGCAGCAGCCGUCAAGUCCAGCAGCGCAGCUGCAGUCGUCACUGCGAAGUCUAGCAGUGCAGCAGUCGUUUCGAAGGCUAGCAGCUCCGCGGUAGUUUCCAAGGCCAGCAGCUCUGCCAUCGUCUCUAAGGUCAGCAGCGCUGCCAGCUCAGUCAUCACUUCGAAGGCCAGCAGCGCAGCCGCCACAACUACGGGUACCGCACCUCUGCUUGGUGUCAAUGUCGGUGGAUCGUCCUCACCUCUUUUGGGAGUCAAGGUCUCGUCUUCGACCUUGUUGGCCGUCGACGUUAGCUUGGGAGCUUCAUCUGUCAAGGCCUCAUCGGUAGCUACCAUCACUGCGGCGCCCACUUCCGCUCCAGCUACAGCUUCCACUGCUCUGCCGUCCACCUUCUCCGCUCCAGUCCAGGGACAAGGCAAGCUCACGCUCGACAACCUCCCCGCGAUGCCGGGCGUGAUCGACAAAGCCUUCUCUGGCGUUCUUGGUGCUGCCUAUGGCCUCAGUAAGUGCUCCAUUCUACCCACAAGCCAUUCAAUCGACUAA